AUGGAGCAGCCCGCCUCGGAUCUGUCUUGCUUAAGACAAUGGUAUGACUCUUUUAACCUACUUCCCCGUUCGCGACCCCGCUAUACAGAUCCAAUACCAGUUACUUCUCAUGAGAGACAACAACAGUCACUUAACGAUACUUCCCUCGAAUCCCCUCUAUCCCCUGCCAAGGCACUCAGCAAGCCGGGUGCGCCCUCAGUACUGUAUCUGGGAUAUGGCUCCAAUCUUAGUGCAGAGACAUUCCGAGGCAAGAGGAACAUCAAGCCGCUGUCGCAGGUCAAUGUCGUCGUACCCAGCCUAUCCCUGACGUUUGAUCUGCCUGGAGUACCCUACUCAGAACCUUGUUUUGGGAAUGUUCGCCUAAGAGACGCAUCUGCGAUCGAGCAAUCCCAUGAAGAUUGGAGAAAUCAAGACUACCAUAAAGAUCGUUGGAAGAAGGGACUUGUUGGCGUUGUGUAUGAGGUAACAGCGGAAGACUUUGCUCAUAUUAUUGCUACCGAAGGAGGUGGCUCGGGCUAUCAAGAUGUGCUGGUCGACUGCUAUGCUCUCAACGGCGAGCCGACCGAGGAUGUCCCUUGGAAGCCUGCAGGCGAAACGUUCAAAGCGCAUACACUUUUUGCCCCAACAAACGCCGCAAGACCAGAUCCGUCAUACGCCCAGCCCAGUCCCAGAUAUCUCAAGUUGAUCACCGACGGGGCGUCCGAGCAUGGUCUACCGCUCGAGUAUCAGGCGUUUCUCCACCAGAUUCGGACAUAUCAUCCCACCACCACGAAACAGCAGCUGGGCUUAUUCAUAUUCCUGACUGUCUGGUCUCCGUUCUUUCUCUUUAUAUUCAGUGGUGCCGGGAUAUUCCUGCGCCCGGACGGCACGUAUCCGAAAUGGCUCGCCACACUUAUUCGGGCAAUAUUUACGGCAGUAUGGACAAGUUAUGAUGACUUUUUCAAGCCGGCUUUUGGAGACGGAGAACGAACCAUUGGGGAUGAAGAAGACGAUGAAGACCACGACCCCAGUGAUAUUUUUCGUGAAAAAGAGCCAUUGAUUGAGUCGGUGAAACAACCUCAGUACGGGUCGGUGGAAGUAGUUGAACGGAUAGUCUGA